GUCUAUGUGUGUUGUCUUUAAUUCUUUCAUGUCUGUGUAGUGAGCCUGAGAAGAAGAAACAUAUAUACUGUUACAGAGAGAGAGAGAGAGAGAAGGAAAGAGAGAGAGAGAGGGGGCAGAGAGAUGGGUUGUUUCCCUUGUCUUGGAGGUUCGAAUAAACAAUCAAAGAAAAAGAUUAACAGCAGCAACAAUCAAAACAAUGAUCAAGCAGAUUCUGCUGCAGAUACAUUGGAAACUACUCUGAAUGAUGAUGUGAAGAAUGAAGAGUCCAAGAAGGCUGUUGACCAAUCUGUAGCAGUUCAGCAGGACACAAACUAUAAGGUUGAUAGAGAUGUUCGAAUGGAUGCGAUUAAGGCAACAUCAUUUACCUUUAAAGAAUUGCAGUAUGCCACAGAGAAUUUUAAGCCGGAUAACUUUCUUGGCGAGGGUGGAUUUGGCAAAGUCUUCAAAGGAAUAUUAAAGGAUACUGCCCAGGUUGUAGCCAUCAAGCAACUAGAUCGCAAUGGAGGGCAAGGCAUCAGGGAAUUCGUUGUUGAAGUGAUGACUCUAGGUUCAGUUGAUCACCCCAAUCUUGUGAAGCUAAUUGGUUUUUGUGCUGAGGGUGAUCAAAGGUUGUUGGUUUACGAGUUCAUGCCCUUGGGUUCUUUGGAUGAUCAUUUGCAUGGUCCUAGGCGGAGGCCUAUUGAUUGGAAUACAAGAAUGAAAAUAGCUGCUGGUGCAGCAUGCGGAUUAGAAUAUCUACAUGAUAAGAUGAAUCCUCCAGUAAUUUAUCGUGAUUUGAAAAGCUCUAAUAUUCUGCUUGGCGAGGAUUAUUACCCUAAGCUAUCUGAUUUUGGCUUGGCAAAAGUGGGACCUACAGGAGACGAUACCCAUGUCUCCACCAGAGUGAUGGGGACUUAUGGCUACUGUGCACCAGAUUAUGCAAUGACUGGCCAGUUGACCUUUAAAUCAGAUAUAUAUAGCUUUGGUGUCCUUCUUUUGGAGAUCAUUACGGGGCGAAAAGCAAUUGAUUUUUCAAAACGUUCCAGAGACCAAAAUCUUGUUGCAUGGGCACGACCUUUAUUUAGGGAUCGGAAGAAAUUUUACCAGAUGGUAGACCCUGUUCUCCAAGGCCAAUAUCCAGUAAAAGGGUUAUAUCAAGCUCUUUCAGUUGCUGCAAUGUGUGUACAGGAGGAACCUUCACUGCGGCCCCUUGUAGCUGAUGUCGUAAAGGCUUUGGAUUACCUUGCUUCACAAACAUAUGAUCCUCAAACUCAACGGGUUCAGAACUCUGGCAGGCCCACGCCAUCUCAUAGACCUGAUGUGAAUGACAAUGAACAGAAUGUUAGUUGAGUUGGAGACAACAUGAUGGUGGAUCAAUUAGGACUAGUAAUUGAGUACAUACAGGUACUUUUUCCUGGUUAACAAUUCUGGAACACAUUAUGAUGGCAGCUGCUCUAAUAUGGACCAUAGUAAUCUCGAUUUCU